AUGGCAGAGGUCCAAGGAAUCCAUACGUCUAUCACCGCCCUCAUCCAGAGUUGUCGUACUCUGACCCAUUGUCUCAAGGACAUCAAAGAUGCGCCUAAAGAAUGUGACAAACUCUUGAGGGAGCUACAGUAUCUGUCGAUCUAUUUGACCACAGUAGAAACGCAGACUCAGCUAUUGACCGAAAAUGAUCCAUGGUUUGCGACAUUACAGCAGUUGAACUAUUCUUUCAACGAGACUGCUGAGUUAUUGAGCGGCAUGGAGAAGAGGCUGAAGGCUACAUCGCCUGCGUGGAAAAUGAUUGUGCGGAAUCUCCCAUGGACAUUGUCCGAAGAGGUGGCAGAGGAUCUUAGGAUCAUUGAACAGAUGAAAUAUCUGAUCAUGGUAGCCGGAGAGCACAACGAUUCGAAGUUAUCUUGUGCGAUUGAGAGGACACUACGUGAUGACAAGGCUGGGAAAAUCCUAGGUAUCGACAAGCAGAUACAGAUGGAUAAAAAGGCCGCGAAGGUAGCAGCGUGGCUCACCUCUCUGAACUACAAUGCUGUUCAACGCGAAAAGCUAGCACAGCGUUUUAUGAAUACUGGACAGUGGUUCCUCGAGUCGUCGAAGUUUCUGUGUUGGGCAGAUGGUUCUGGGAAGUCCCGUACCCUGUGGUGUCCUGGCGAUCCCUGUGCCGGAAAGACGAUUAUCGCAUCAAUCGUCGUUGAGUACUUGCGUACGCAAGUCGCCGAAGAAAACUCGACCAUUCUAUCUGUAUUUUGCGACUACCGAAACAUGGGAGCCCAGACCUUGACCAACAUAAUCCGUGCGCUGUUGAAACAGCUAAUACAAGCUCGGGGACGGCUCUCUUCCUCCAUUGAAUCCCUAUACAAACGGGAUCUCAAAAAGCAAAUGUACCCUUCAUCUGGCGAAUUUAUGGAACUUCUUUCUGCUCAGCUGACAGAAUUCUCCUGUGUCUAUAUCGUGCUGGAUGCGUUGGAUGAGCUUUCCCCUGAUUACGAGGAUUGGCGGCAACUCAUUGAUGCCCUCAAGUCGUUAGGCAGUAAUGUCCGUCUUCUAGUGACUUCAACGAACUUAGGUGUGAUACGAGAGCUAUUUAAGGAGGAUGUUGAGUUGUGUAUCCGAGGGGAAGAUGACGACAUCCGAAAAUUCAUAGCGAGCAAGCUCGAAGUUGAGGGACAACUCUCCCGGCACCUCGAGGGCUACGACGACCUGCGCAACAAGGUAUUAGUUGGGAUCGUGAAGAAUGCACAUGGCUUGUUCCCCUUAGCAGGUAUACAACUGGAUCUGCUUGCCCGGAGCAGGAAUCGCGCAGGUGUUGUUGCACGGCUGAACGAACUGCCACAAACCAUGGAAAUCGCUUACACGUAUUUGCUGGAAAGGAUUGACCAUAAAGCUGAGCUUGAAAAGAACUUGGCAUAUCGUGCAUUUGGUUGGUUGGCGUUUUCCGAGCGUCCUUUGACCAUAUUGGAGCUACAGCAUGCAUUAGCUGUGGAGUCAGGGACCAGGGAACUCAACCCUUAUAACAUCACCGGCUAUGGCGUCAUCGCAGAUAGCUGCGCUGGGCUUGUUGUCAGUGACUACCGAGGGUACCCCAGAUUUGUGCAUAAAUCCGCUCAGGAGUUUAUUGCCACUCACCAGGACAAAUUGUUUCCCCGCGUCCAAGAAGAUAUCAUGCGCACAUGCAUGACAUAUCUGUCAUUCGAUGUUUUUCAUUCUCCUGAUGUCCUUCGCCUGUCAAAGCCUCACAAAAUCUACCAAAAUUAUCCUUUCUUCGGAUACUCAUUGCGUAACUGGGUACUUCAUGCCAAGAAAUGUGCGCCGGGUUCCGUGGAAAAGGAAAUCCUUAAUUUCCUACCAACCUGGGGAGCAAUCGCUUUGUCUUUAGAGCAAUCCCCGGACACUGAACUUGGUACUCCUGCACGGUUUACGGCGUAUCAUGGCCUUUUACACGCCAUGAAGGGCCUAGUCGAUCAAGGAACGAACCUGGAAAACGAAAAUGUUCUGUGUAUUGCAGCAUACACAGGGCAAGUUGACAUGGUAAAAUGGCUGCUGUCGCAAGAGAAUAUUGACGUCAAUCAAGCUGACAAUAUUGCAUUCCUUAUUGAUUAUGCUAAGGAUCAUGACUCUACUGUGUUCACCUGGAUGUCGAGGAUUCUUCUCAGAGGUGGAAAAGCUUCUCACCCUACUACACCCCUUGUUGCUGCAGCGUCAAAUGGCCAUGAAGAAAUCGUCAGGAUGAUUCUAGAGUCUAAAAACAUGCGAUCGUUGAACACACUGCCUCCCUCUGGACCCACAGCACUCUCCGCAGCCGUAUUCGGUAACCACAUUGGAGUGGUACGGCUCUUGCUUUUGGAACAUGACAUCGACAUUUCCAUUCCAUUCAAAGGCGAGACCCCGCUUAUGCUUGCAAAAAGGAAACGCAGAGACGAGAUUGUGAAAAUGUUGGAGCGGAAAGAUGGUCCUAAAUCCUGA